AACAGAGACGUUGACGUCAUCAGAGUGAUCCGUUGAACAGCAUUCGCGGAAAUUUUUGAAAUUCAACCGAAGUAUCGACGGAAGAAUAUACUUGAGCAUAGUGAAGUAUAAAUAUAUUUUUUCGAGUAUACCUAAUAUAUCUGGUAUGCUGAUAUACAUAUCUGGAGUAUAGUGCUUAUUAACUGAGAAUCGUCCUCCAGCUGAAGUUUAUAUCGGAGGGUGUGUUUAUAAAGGUCAAGAUGAGUCGGCGACCCAGCAGCAGAUAUUCUGAGAUGCCCAUGCGUGUGACAGACAGCAGGAUGAGUCUGAUCAAUGCCACCCCUCAAAACAAGGACAAUGUCUUUGGCAAGCUGAACAUACCUAAACCUCAGUCUACCACAUCUGAGAGACGAACAAGCUUUUUUGGAAAAGGCAUCGGGGCAGGUGGCCAGAGGAACAGCAUGUUUGGGGCAUAUGGGGGCCCUGAGAAGAUGAAGGACCCCAGACCGCUACAUGACAAAGCUUUUGUCCAACAGUGUAUCAAACAGCUUUGUGAAUUCCUGGGGGAGCGAGGCUUUCCAGGCAGCGUCUCAGUGAAGGCUCUCCAGUCUCCAUCCACAAAAGAGUUUUUAAAGAUAUACGAAUUCAUCUACGCUUUGCUGGAACCAUCCUUUCAGAUGCCCACCGCCAAAGUGGAGGAGGAGAUCCCAAGAAUGCUCAAAGAUCUGGGAUACCCGUUUGCGCUCUCAAAAAGUUCCAUGUACUCCAUUGGUGCUCCUCACACAUGGCCUCAGGCUCUCGGAGCUCUUAUCUGGCUCAUCGACACAGUCAAGCUCUUCAGUGGUCUGAGAGAGCAGGGCCUGCUGUUCUCUGACUUCUCAGAUGAGCUGUGUGAUCUAGAGGAAGGGACCGAGUACAACAAGCUCUUUAUGGAAUACUGCUCUGACACCUACAACAAGUUCAUGCAGGGAGCGGAUACGUUUGAGGAUGAGGAAGACGACUAUCUUAAUAAACUAAAGAAGCUGUACAAUGUGGAUGAGGCACUUUUACACACCCAGCAAGAAAAACAUGCGAUGCUGAUGGAGCACGUGGAGAGACUUGAAAGGGAGAGUCAAACUGAUCGUUUAGCAGGGAAGAGGACAGAGAAGCUCAGAUUACAGGCUGAUCUGCAGAAGCUGCAGAACUAUCGUUGUACUCUGGAGGCCCAUAAAACUGGACUGGAGAAUAAAGCUGCUGGACUGGCUGAGGAACUCGAGGCUGCUGAGAUGCAGUUAGAGGGUCUGAAGCAGGAGAGGACGAGGCUGCAGCACAUCCUGGAGCAUCAGAAGUUCACUCCAGCUGAUAUUGAGCGUAUUAACCGAGAGAGGAAUGAACUGCAGCAGACCGUUCACAGCCUAAACCAGAGUCUAGAGGAGGCUGAGCAGCUGGUUUGGAAUGAGGAGGUCAAUCUGUCCAAAACCAAAGAGAAGGCGGAGUUGAAGGUUGCUGAGUAUAAUAAACUGGGCCGUAAGCUGAAGCUCAUCCCGCAGUCAGCAGAGAACGCCUGCGGUCAUGACUUUGAAAUCAGAACAGAUUAUAGUGCCACUACCAUCAUGCAGUACAAGACACAGAUACAGAACCCUCUGAAGAAUAUGAUGGUUGACGUGGAGGAUGAAUGCAGCAGACUUACUAAUGUGAAGCUGAGUUUGGAAGAGACUGUUGAACAGGUGAAGUCCAACAUCUUUGAUAAAGAGAAUGACAUCAAGCAGCUAAAGGAACAGAUUCGCAGAGUCGACCAACAGCUGGAGCAUGACAUGCAGGAAAUGGCGCAAGAGGAGGAGAAGUGGGCAGCUGAGGUGGACUCUGCUGAAACCCACAAGAAGCGCUUGGAAAAGAACGUGACGCAGGGAUGCGAGGAAGCUGAGGAGGAACUUAAAGCUGCCCAACAACAGUAUCACGUGGUCGUGCAGGAGACUAAUGAGGAGAACCGCAUGGUGUGCAAGAAUCUUACUGAUGUCUUCACUUCUGCAGUAAACCACUUGUGUGCAGUUGAAAAACACUGCAACGAGCAGCUCAAAAGGUUUGAUAAGAUGAAGGAAGUCAUCCGUGAGGACGAGGCUGACAUGAAACAGCUGACGGAUCUAGUGGAAAACUUCAUAAAGAAAGCAAACAGCUUGUAAUGUCUAAUAGUUCUGAUUUGUAAAUAAUUUUACUGUUAGAUUUUUUUUUUCACUGAUGUUGUUUGAUUCUGGCACCAUGGAGUAAUGUUGGAGUAAAUGCAUUGUCUUUGGAGACAGAAUCAUACUUUGUGUAUUUAUCCUGUAUUUACAUGUUUGUUUACUAAUAAAUAAAUAUGUUUUGGAAA